GAGGCUGCAGCCAGCAAGCGCGGGGGAGAGGGGUGGGAGGCGAGGCUCUCCACUUUGCUGGGUGAAAAACGCCUCCCGCAUAGUCCCAGGCGCCCGCGCGGCUAACACUGCCCAUCGGGUGAGCUGGCAUCCCACGCCACUCACCCGAUGGGCAGUGAUUGCAGCGCGGGCGCCUGGAGCUAUGCAAUCACACACACACAUCCCCGCCGGCGCUUGCAGGCUCCAAGCCGGUCCCUGAUAGGCGCGCUGGGUCUGGGGCGGGCUCUGACGUCAGCCUCGCCCGGGCAUUUCAAGCGGCUCGCGGGCUUUCCCCAUCUCGUCUGCUCUGCACUGCUUUGCUGGUCUCCUGUGCUCUCUUGCACCGCCUCGUUCGCCUUCCCUGCUUUUGCUGCAAGAUUCCGCGGAGAGCGUCGGAUAGGAUCCCUUCGCCAGCCGUCCUCGCACCUUGGUUCUUAUUCACAUUUUAGAAGAAGAAGAUUGCAUUAAAGUUUCCGUUCCUCUUUGGUAUUGAUUCUCAGCCAGAUAAUGGCAAACCGGACAGUAAAGGAUGCACAUAGUAUCCACGGCACUAACCCGCAAUACCUGGUCGAGAAGAUUAUCCGCACUCGCGUCUAUGAGUCCCAGUACUGGAAAGAGGAAUGCUUUGGCCUGUCUGCUGAACUGGUUGUGGAUAAAGCUUUGGAGCUGAGGUACAUCGGUGGAGUUUACGGUGGAAACAUCAAGCCCACGCCGUUCUUGUGUUUGACUCUGAAGAUGUUACAGCUACAGCCCAAAAAAGACAUUGUUGUGGAAUUUAUAAAGAAUGAGGAUUUCAAGUACGUGAGAUUGCUUGGUGCAUUGUAUAUGCGACUCACCGGCACUGCCAUAGACUGCUACAAGUACCUUGAACCCUUGUACAACGAUUAUCGGAAAAUAAAAAGCCAAAAUAGGGACGGGGAGUUUGAAUUAAUGCACGUGGAUGAGUUUGUCGAUCAGCUGCUCCACGAUGAGCGCGUGGCGGAUAUCGUUUUACCUAGACUACAGAAACGUUAUGUCUUAGAAGAAGCAGAACAGCUGGCGCCGCGCAUUAGUGCGCUGGAGGACGAUAUCGAUGACGUGGAGUCUAGUGAAGAUGACGAAGACGAGGAUGCAAAGAUGGAAAGGGCUCCCACACCUGAUCGCAGGAGAAGAGGCUACAGGGAUCUAGAGAAACCCCGGAGGUCUCCAACUCUGCGGCGUAGGAGGAGCCGAAGCAGAUCUCCCAGAAGACAAAGUCGCUCUCCAAGGAGAAGGAGUCCUUCACCAGAGCGGGAAAGGCACCGUAGUAAGAGCCCAAGGCGGCAUCGAAGCAGAUCCAGGGAAAGACGGCACAGGUCAAGAUCUCAAUCUCCAAGACACCAUCGUAACCACAGACAUCGCAGUUCUUCCAAGUCCCCGGAAAGAGCUAACAAAAGCCAUAAGAGACGCCGUGGGGAUGAAUGACUUGGAUAGUGUAGCUGAGCCAUCCUUGUUUGUAGAGAUGCGCUCAGAAGAUAGGUAGUAGCUGCUGGAGCAGCCAACAUUUUUGUACUAUUUUUAAUAUUUUAGACAUGAUAGGUUUUUUGUCUGAUACAAGGGGAACAUUUUCAAUAUACAAUCUGUUUAAUUUCUUUUGAAAGCCAGUUUUUAAAACCCAGUAAAAGUUAAAGAACUGUAAAUUCAUUACAAGACUUGUUAAUAAAGCAUUGUCUGUAAAUAAAAUGCAAGUUUGUAUACUUUUUAAAUAAAAAUGUAUGUUUUAUUUAAA